AGGACGUCACUUCCAAUUUCCCCAUUUUCUCCUCUCCUUCCUCGUUUGUAAUCUCUGGGCGUUUCCAAGGCCCACCUGGAGGUUUUUGCUUUGCUUUGCUGAGCUGCGAGAAAAACGGUCAGCUCUCUUCUUCACCGAUUCACCGAAAAGCUUUUGCGGAUAAGAAGAGGACGGUGACGAAGGCAAAACGCCGGAAAAACACUAAAAAAACGCAGAAAAAGCAAUAUAUAUUGUAUAUAUGUAGGCUUCAGCGAAGAGUCGCCGGAGAAAACUCUUCAUUCGUUCUGUAUAGUAAAAGAGCAUACAGUGAUGCAAAUCCUAAUCUAAAGUUAUAUCUGGAAAAUUGGUAUUUGGUAAUAUCCCAUGAUGGCAGAUGUCAGUCCUAGGACUGAUACAUCAACUGAUGCAGAUACUGAAGAUAAAAACAUGGGGUUUCAAAACAAUCAUGCAUUGGGUAUUGUGGGUUCAGAUGGCAGUGACAGGACAAGAGAUCAAAAGACACUUCGUAGGCUUGCUCAAAAUCGUGAAGCUGCUCGAAAGAGCCGUUUACGGAAGAAGGCAUAUGUCCAACAAUUAGAGAACAGCAGAAUGAAACUGACACAAUUAGAGCAGGAGCUUCAACGAGCUCGACAACAGGGCAUAUUUAUCUCAAGUUCUGGAGAUCAAUCACAAUCUAUGAGUGGAAAUGGAGCCCUGGCAUUUGAUGUAGAAUAUGCACGGUGGCUGGAAGAGCACAAUCGACGAAUUAAUGAGUUAAGAGGAGCGGUUAAUUCCCAUGCUGGUGAUGCUGAACUUCGCAUCAUUGUUGAUAGCAUCAUGGCACACUAUGAGGACAUUUUCAGGAUAAAAGGAGAGGCUGCAAAAGCUGAUGUCUUUCAUAUUUUGUCGGGCAUGUGGAAAACUCCUGCUGAGAGAUGCUUUUUGUGGUUGGGUGGAUUUCGUUCAUCUGAACUCCUCAAGUUGCUUAUAAAUCAGUUGGAGCCUUUAACUGAACAGCAAUUACUGGCCAUCAACAAUUUGCAACAGUCUUCUCAACAGGCUGAAGAUGCGUUAUCCCAGGGAAUGGAGGCAUUGCAACAAUCCUUGGCUGAGACUCUUGCAGGGUCUUUAGGCCCAUCAGGCUCUUCAGGAAAUGUUGCAAAUUAUAUGGGCCAAAUGGCCAUGGCAAUGGGGAAACUAGGAACUCUCGAGGGGUUUAUCCGCCAGGCUGAUAACCUGAGGCAACAGACGUUGCAACAAAUGCAUCGCAUAUUGACGACUCGCCAAGCAGCUCGAGCUUUUCUUGGCAUCAGUGACUACUUCUCACGGCUUCGAGCACUUAGCUCUCUUUGGCUUGCCCGUCCCCGGGAGUGAGAAGUUACUUUUGUCUGAUACAGAAAAUGGAGAUAUUCUUGGGGGCAUUUGUAAAUGAGAAUUGUGCCUGGAAGCCAUGUUUAAAUUAGGGACGAUAUAUAGAGGCUGUGCUGCACUAAUCCCUAUCGGCUGAGAUCGCGCGGCUCCAUGUAGUUGAUCUGUUCAUGUUAUAAUUAUACAUAUUUCCUGAAUUUAUUGAAUGUUAUGUUUUUUUUUUUUUUUUUUUUGGGGUUUUUUUUUAAUAGAUAGACAUGAUAUGGUUAGUGAACUUUGUCUAUUUUAGCAUGCUUAGAAGUGACAUAGUAAGAAGCUAAGAGCUAAUGGAAAUUAGAUACUGUUGUUGAAAGACUUACCCAGCAUUGUAUAAUGCCCUUUCAUGCUGUUGGUAUUCUGUA